AUGGGCUCCCGCGAGCGCCUUCGAUUCUUGGUCUUGUUUCUUUUCGUUGGGAGAUAUGUAGCUGAAACAGAAAUUAUUGGCAUAAUAGGAAGCAGUGUUGAAUUGCAAUGCCAAUAUCCAGAAAAAGAACUGUUGAACUACAAUAGGAAUCGAAUAUUAUGGCAAAUAGAAGGCAGGUUUUCAUGCUACGUAGCUGGCCAUUUUCCUAAUGAAAAUAUGGAAGAACACCAAUGUGAACAAUUCAAACGACGGACUCUGUUAAGUGAGCCAAAACAAGGCAGUACUUCUUUGCAGCUGUCAAACAUCAGCAUAGCAGAUGAAUUGAUAUAUAUCUGCAUAAUACAGAAAAAUAUAAAUGGAGAGUUUAAACUCAUUUCUCAUGAAGCCAUAACACUCAAAGUGGCAGCAAAUUACAGCAAACCAGUUAUAACAGGUCCUGUGCAGUCUGGAGAAGAAAUGACAUUUAUGUGCAAUUCAAGCCAUGGCUAUCCAGAACAAAGGCUUUAUUGGGUAAAUGAAAUGGACAACAGCACCAUGAACACAACUGUGCAGAUCACCAAAGAACUUGAUGGGUCUUUCAGUGUAUUCAGUAUAUUAACGAUGAAAGCAGCUUCUGAUAUAAAGUUAGGGUGUACAAUUGAACAUAAGCAGCUGUGUCAAAAUAUUACUACCACAAGUAAGUUGAUUUUGUAG